CUGUUUACAAGUGGCGUCCCGCCAAUAUUCGUGAUUGGCGCGUGAUUCUGGAGCGCAGGUAACAACGAGCGGCGAUUGGCCGCGCGGGUCGCGUCGGUCGCGAGGACGGUGAGUCGGCGCAUGCGCCUCGCGCGGCGAUUGGCCCGGCGUUUUCAGUCAUUCUCAGUCAGUCGCUGGUCUGGUGCGGUGGAAUGUGGUCGCGUCCACAUUUUGUGCUCGCGAGCGCCGCGCGUCUCUCAUUCAUCCAUCCGUGUGGUGGUGCGUGACUCGCUGUGUGCGGCGGCGGCGGAGAAGCUUCAUCGACUGGAUCGUUCGGUCUGGUCCACGCGCGCGGGGUUCGAGAUCCGGGAUAUUCGGUGCGUCCUACGGGUCGUUUACGAGUGGUGUCCGUGUCGUUUCACGGAGCGGCAGGCGAGAGACGUGAGAUGCGGCGCCGUACGGCGGCGGACACGGCGCCGACGCGACACGACGCACGCACCGCGAUAUAAUUCCGGCUGCGGGAUUAAACGCGUUAUGGACAUCUCGUCCCAACUCGGCCCAACGACGUGCACAAAGGACGGAUGGAAAGCGGCGGUGGUAGUGAGUGAGUGAGAGUGCAACAGCGUUAUUGAGUGCGGGAGCAAGAUGGCGGAAUCGAGCUAUUAUCAGGGCGAUUACAUCAGGUACCCGGCUCUUCACGAACUGUCGAGCAAGUAUGGAGUGGCUGGCAGUGACCAGGUGCCCUUGCCGGCUCGUCUCGACGAGCUGCGGGAGCACAUUCGCCGAGAAAUACGCAAGGAGCUGAAGAUAAAGGCCGGCGCGGAGAAGCUUAGGGAGGUCGCGACCGAUCGCAAGUCGCUUUCGGACGUCGCGACGAUCGUGAAGAAGUCAAACAGCAAGCUGAACGAGCUUCAGGCGGAGCUCCAGCAGCUCGAGAGUCAAAUUAUCCUGACGCAGGGCCAGCCUCCAUCGCCGCAGCAGAAUCACUCCAACGGUCAAGACACGCCUCUAUCACCGAUGGGGCCUUCGUCGCCGAGUCAGGAAGGUCUAUUCACGGAUCUUCGGCUUCUGUCCUUGGAGAAGCAACUCAAUAUCGAACUGAAGGUCAAGCAGGGUGCUGAAAACAUGAUACAAAGUUUAACGAGUGGCCAUCGCGACAAAAAAUUGCUACAGGAGGCUCAACAAAUGCUAGAUGAUUCCCGCGCCAAAAUCGAGUUCCUACGUAUGCGGAUUAUGAAGGUGCGCCAGGCACGGCAACAGCAACAGCGAGGCGAUGCGCCGCCACCGAAUGGCGAAACAGCUAGCAACAAAGACAGGUACGAGCCCAGCUUGGAGCUCGCGUUGGAGGAAAGGGUGGAGGAGCUGCGGCAUCGAUUACGAAUAGAGGCAGCUGUCGUGGAAGGUGCCAAGAACGUGAUACGUCUUCUGCAAAGUGCCAAAGUCGCUGAUAAGAAGGCUUUAACUGAGGCUCAAGCAAGCCUCUUGGAAUCCAGUAAAAAAUUGGACUUACUCAGAUUAUCCCUCGAGCUCAGAAGACAAGAGCUACCUCCCGACAGUGGUACCGCAGCUCAGUUAAAAAGAGAAUUAGCUAGCGUGCAGUCAGCUAGUCCAGUUCCUGUUACAUAUACAUCAUUGCAACCAUUUCGCGGUCCUUUGGAGGGUAAAGCCACUGUACCAACUUCAGUAUCGAGAUGUGCAGCUGUUACAGGACAAUUAGAGGUAAGAUUAAUGGGAUGUCAAGAUUUAGCAGAAGAAGUGCCUGGGCGUACGAGAAGGGAACACCCUGCUAGUCCUGAUUUACGUAGCUUCGUUAAAGGUGUCACAGGGCGCAGCUCAAGCAAAUCAUAUAGCGUGAAAGACGAAACGAGUAAUGAUAUCAUGGCAGUUAUAAAAUUGGAUAACCAAACCGUAGGGCAAACUAGUUGGCGUCCAUGUUCCCAACAAGCUUGGGACCAAAGGUUUUCUAUUGAGCUUGAUAAAUCAAGAGAACUUGAAAUAGGCAUUUAUUGGAAAGAUUGGAGAUCUCUUUGUGCACUCAAGUUUUUACGUUUAGAAGAAUUCAUUGACGACGUUCGACAUGGCAUGGCUCUACAAUUGGAACCGCAAGGCCUCUUGUUUGCAGAAAUAAAAUUCCUUAAUCCAAUGAUAUCGCGAAAGCCUAAAUUGCAACGUCAACGCAAGAUCUUUAAGCAGCAAGUGAAAAAUUUCCCAAGAGCAAAUCAAAUGAACAUAAAUGUUGCGACUUGGGGUAGAUUGCUUAAGCGUUCGGCGCCUUCAUUGCACAAUUCCAGAAACUCAGAGAGUCCGCCGUCAGGUGUACAACCGGUGCAACUUGUGUUUGAUACCUCAGUAGAAGAUAAGCCUGAAACUCCCGGUGAAGUGCCCGAUCCGGAAAAAGGUGGAUUGGGUGGUGCACGUCCUUUAGGUAUGUCAACAUCGAGUAGUAGUCCAACUCUGCCACGUCCUCCAGAGCAUCCUCCUCCUCCGCCACCAACUGUGACAAAGAAACCUUCUACGCCUGCACCUCCACCACCUUCCAAAUUGGAUCAAGAAUUACAGAGCGCAUUAAGGGAGUUUGAUUUUCUGCAUAAGGAGGAAAAGGGCGGGCCUCAGGGUGCAAAUUUGAGACCUCUUGUGACAGAGCCCCGCCCUGUGCUGAUUGCACCACCCUCUCCACGCACACCCUCGCCCCAACCUGUCGUCGAGUUUCCUGAGGAUGAGGUUGUAUACGAAAUGCCAAUUAGACCUCUCCAAUAUAGAGAUAGUGCCUAUGAGUCAAGAAGGCAUUCUCAGCUCACUGGUAUGACUCUGGAGAAUUUUAGACUGCUGUCCGUACUCGGCCGUGGACAUUUCGGCAAAGUAAUACUGUCGCAAUAUAGGAAUACAGGAGAGUACUUCGCAAUUAAGGCUUUAAAGAAGGGAGAUAUUAUAGCUCGAGAUGAAGUGGAGUCACUGCUUUCUGAAAAGAGAAUAUUUGAAGUAGCGAACACGACGCGUCAUCCUUUCCUCGUUAAUUUAUUUGCGUGCUUUCAAACUGAGGCACAUGUAUGUUUUGUAAUGGAAUAUGCAGCUGGCGGUGAUCUUAUGAUGCAUAUACAUGCUGAUGUUUUCGGGGAGCCACGCGCUGUAUUCUAUUCCGCUUGUGUGGUACUCGGAUUACAAUAUUUGCAUGAAAAUCGUAUUAUUUACAGAGAUUUAAAAUUAGAUAAUCUGCUAUUAGAUACGGAAGGUUAUGUAAAAAUCGCAGAUUUUGGUUUAUGUAAAGAAGGUAUGGGAUUUGGAGACAGAACAGGUACUUUCUGCGGUACUCCUGAAUUCUUAGCGCCCGAAGUGCUGACAGAGACUUCUUAUACACGAGCUGUAGAUUGGUGGGGACUUGGAGUCUUAAUAUUUGAAAUGCUGGUUGGAGAGUCCCCUUUCCCGGGUGAUGACGAAGAAGAAGUGUUUGAUUCCAUUGUAAACGACGAAGUACGAUAUCCAAGAUUCCUUUCUUUGGAAGCAAUUGCAAUCAUGAGAAGAUUACUUAGGAAGAAUCCAGACAGGAGACUAGGUAGUAGCGAAAGAGACGCUGAAGAUGUUAAGAAACAAGCAUUUUUCAGACACAUAGCUUGGGAUGAUUUACUCCUAAGACGCGUAAAACCACCUUUCGUACCAGUAAUCCAUUCGGUGGAAGAUGUAAGUAAUUUCGAUGAAGAAUUCACAUCAGAGAAGCCACAACUAACUCCUCCAAAAGAUCCUCGACCUCUCAGCGACCUAGAACAGAGUUUGUUCAAGGAUUUUACUUAUAUGGCUGAUUGGUGCUAGCUAUAACAAUUGAUAUCUUUCAAUGGAAAAAUAUCAGCAUAAUUGAAGAAAAAGGUGUUUCAUAAUAUGGAAUUUGCGCAACUCUGGUGGUAUUUACAUGCGCGUUCGUUUAUUUGAGCAAUAUAUAUCACAUGUCAUUAUACAUCAUGUAUAGAUUUUUUAUUUUGGAUACUAUUAUGAUCACUGUAGGCACAUUUAUGAGAGAAAUUUUUCAACCAAAGUUGUGGAGUGUACGUAUAUGAACUCCACAGAUCGAGAGUUAUUUGUUAGUAAGAUCAAUAUCUCGUCUAACUUUUCGAGUAUAACCAGAUGAGCUGGAAUUGUUGGUAGUCGUUGGAUAAUCAUUUAUAUAAUCAAUUUUCCCUCAAACAUCUUGAAAUUAAUCUAAGAGUGUGUCUUUGAUUAAUUUAUCUUAAUUGACGAGAGACAUUUUAAAUAUCUUCGAUUUGGACAAUUGAUAUAACAAGAAUAAAAUUUAUAUUUAUCUCUAUUUAGAUAUUCUAGAAAAACAUCUAGAAUUAUGCUAUUUUUGAAUGUUGAUUUUUUCGUUUUGUCAUGACGACUACUAAGAAGACCACAAACUUAAAACAUUUUUGAAUUUGAUAUCAUGUUCUCAACUUGUAAUGCGAACGAAUUUAAUCCUGGUGCUCGAUUGCUCACUGUCUGGCGAACGGCUUUGCUAAGAACCCCAAGGUAUCUUUUCAUAUAGGUUGUAAGUCUCUAUAUUAAACGAUCUGUAGUAUACAUCAUCAAUAAACUCGGUUAGCUGGGAGAGCUAAAAAAGUUGGAAACAGAUGCUCUCUUGUCCAUGAAUUAUCCCCAGCACUUUUAGUUGCAUGUACAGAAUUUAGGAAAUAAUAUAAAAUAUUUUCCAGCAAUAAAAGGUUUUUCUCUUUCUUUUUUUAUUAUUGCCUGAGUUUGAGGUUCAAAGGUAAUCUUAAACCAAAGCGUGACAGUGGAAUAAUUAAUUAUAAAACUCAGGAAACGUAGCUUAACAACAUCGGAUAAAAAAUUCACUAAAUCCAUUCACUUCAAUCUUACCGAUGAUAUAAAUGUUCAGAUACAAUAAACAUUCCAGUUACAAUACUAAAUCCUGGAUCGUUGUUUUGAAGAACCAUCUGAUAAAUGUAGCUUAAUUUGUUCAUCAUUAAAAACCUGUCUUCUGGUUCUCCAGUUGACCUUUUCGAUUUAGUUUUGGCAGUUGUUCUUCAGACAUUACAAUUGCAUCAGGAUUUUUAUAAUUUUCUCAAAAAUGCUUUCUUCUGUUUGACUUUUGUAAUAAAUCGGAAUAGUUUGAAAACAUAAGAUGCUAUGAAUUGUAUGGUAUUAGUUAUUUAUAGGGGAACAAUGAAAAAUAUAUAGUAAAGUUUUCAGAGAAUAAUAUUCACCAAAAUUCAUAUACAUUCGUUUAGAAAUUUCUUUUAUCAAAUCUCAAGUUUUCCAUUAAUGUAUGAAAUGUAUAUUUUUAGCACAUAGUAUAUAGAUAUACAUGAAGUUACAAUCUUUGGUUUGAUAUAAAAUCAUAUUGUAAAUGAAGUCAUGAUCAACAUAUUUCUAAAAGUUCUGAUCAAUUUCUGUCAAGCGAAGGAGAAAGCGAUGAAAUCUAUUGAUCUUUGGUCAAAGAAUUUUUUUCGCAUAUAAAUGAGAAUACUUUUAGAUUACAUUUUUUUGCAGAAGUGAUCUCCAAACACUGUCCUGUUGCUAGUAUUAUGGAUGUUUCUCCUUUUGCGUGAAGAUAUAUUAUUUUUAACGUUAUCUCUAUACUGCUAUUUGUACAGUAACACAUGCAAUUACUCAAAGAUUUUAUAUAUCCUUAUAGAACUUAAAGGAUAAUAAUAAAAACAAUAUUAACAUUCAUUAAGGAAGCAUAAAAUAAAUCAAAAUAUAGCUAUACUUGCUCAUGCUCAUGUGAUAAAGAAUUGAAAUUGAAAUGGCGCUAUGUAUGUGCAACAAUAAUGACCAUACUAACAUUAACAUUCAGCGCUUUAAUUAAACUAUUCAUAUAUCGUCUGUUAUAGUAAUUGGAAAUUUAAUCCAUUUAUAUAUAGCUAAUUUUGCAAGAUUAUGGUGACGUUUGACCAUAUGAGCCUUAUGACAUCGUGUGAAGCAGCACAUUAAUAUCAUAUAUCAAAGUCCUUUAAAUUCGUUUAAUGUGUAUUGCAAUUAUUUGCUAUAUUUCAUCAUUUAACUAUGUACAUUCAUAUUCUAGUUUGUAAGAUACUUUUACUAGUUCAUGUGCUUCUCAUAUCAUGUAUAUAUAAAUAUAUAACCAAAUGUGUCGAGAGAAUAAUAAUGAAUGAUAUUUUUCUGUUUAAUAGCUGUUGGUGUAAUGUUGUACGCGCAAUCAAUUUUAAUUAGCUAUUAUAAGAUGUUUCACCAUGAACAUACUUGAACAUCUUUUAAGAUUUGGUUUUAAUCUUACAGAGCAUGAUCUGAAAGCUGCGUAAUAUUGGAGUUAGCUGUUAAUAUUGGAGUUAGAUUUUACUUUACUUGAAAAGCUUUUAAAUUAAUUUUUUUUAAUUAUUGCGGAGCUCUUUACUGAUACUAUUCUCUACCUAUUGUAAUCUUAGUAUUUAAUAAUUAAUCCUUUAGAGGAUUUGGUUCUAGAACUUCCACACAUACGCAAUCUAAAUGUAACUCAUGGUACACUUGACUCAUUUCAAAAGGUGCCUAUGAUAAUCGAACAACUUUUGAUAUGUAAUACGCAGUAGAACUAUAAAAUUUUCUGGCUAUUAGUAAGAAACGUAAUAACCCGAUAUUGUAUAUAAUCUUUUUGACCUCUCAUU